AGGAGGUACCAGGGACAUUGGUUCAGCUCUAACCAGGAUGUAUUGUUUGUGUGUUACAGGAGGUACCAGGGACAUUGGUUCAGCUCUAACCAGGAUGUAUUGUUUGUGUGUUACAGGAGGCACCAGGGACAUUGGUUCAGCUCUAACCAGGAUGUAUUGUUUGUGUGUUACAGGAGGCACCAGGGACAUUGGUUCAGCUCUAACCAGGAUGUAUUGUUUGUGUGUUACAGGAGGCACCAGGGACAUUGGUUCAGCUCUAACCAGGAUGUAUUGUUUGUGUGUUACAGGAGGCACCAGGGACAUUGGUUCAGCUCUAACCAGGAUGUAUUGUUUGUGUGUUACAGGAGGUACCAGGGACAUUGGUUCAGCUCUAACCAGGAUGUAUUGUUUGUGUGUUACAGGAGGCACCAGGGACAUUGGUUCAGCUCUAACCAGGAUGUGUAUGAGACACAGAAGCAUCGAGGCCAAACUCCGAGACUUUUCAAUGGCUUUCAUGGACUGCAUGAUCAACCCUCUACAGGAUCAGAUGGAAGAGUGGAAGAGAGGAACCAACACUCUGGAUAAGGACCAUGCUAAAGAGUACAAGAAAGUUCGGAGUGAGAUCAAGAAGAAGUCGUUAGACACUCUGAAGCUACAGAAGAAGGCAAAGAAAGCUGAUGCCCUGGGGCGAGGAGACGUCCAGCCCCAGCUGAACAGCGCCAUGCAGGACGUCAGUGAUAAAUACCUGCUGCUGGAGGAGACGGAGAAACAGGCCGUCAGGAAGGCCCUCGUCGAGGAGAGGAGCAGGUUGUGCACCUUCGUCUCCAUGCUACGACCUGUCGUGGAUGAGGAGAUCUCCAUGCUAGGAGAGGUCACCCACCUCCAGACCAUAUCUGAUGACCUCAAGAUGCUGACCAUGGACCCUCACAAGCUGCCCCCCGCCAGCGAACAGGUGAUUCUGGAUCUGAAAGGCUCUGACUAUAACUGGUCCUAUCAGACUCCUCCCUCCUCCCCCAGCACCACUAGGUCCAGGAAGUCCAGUAUGUGCAGUCUGAACAGCGUAAACAGUAGUGACUCUCGCUCCAGCGGCACAUCCCACUCUCACUCCCCUUCCUCCUCCUCCUGCUCCUCCCACUACGGCUACCGUAGCUCCACCCUGCCCCAGCAGGCCGCGGCACGACUGUCCUCCAUGUCCUCCCAUGACUCAGGAUUCAUCUCCCAGCCAGACACCCACACCUCCAAGUCACCAUCACCCAUGCCCCAGGAAACACUACUGCAGCCUUGCUCCAGCUCUGGCUCGUCUGAGGCCUCUGACACCUGCCAGUCAGUCAGUGAGUGCAGCUCUCCCACCUCAGGAGGGCCUCUGGCUGCAGUUGACAAGGACUGGGCUAAACCAGGACCCUAUGACCAGCCCAUGGUGAACACCCUUAGAAGGAGGAAGGACAAGGAUCCUGUACCAGCAGACACCAGCUAUGCCCCACUACCACUGCCUGCUGGUGUCAUCCCAGCACCUGGGGGCAGGAGUCUACCACUGCCUGCUGGUGUCAUCCCAGCACCUGGGGGCAGGAGUCUACCACUGCCUGCUGGUGUCAUCCCAGCACCUGGGGGCAGGAGUCUACCACUGCUUGCUGGAGUCAUCCCAGCACCAGGGAGCAGAGGUCAACCAUUACCUCCACCACCCAAGGUGUGUGAGAUGGAGGCCCAUGAGGAGCUGGCUCUGGCCCUAUCCAGAGGUCUUCAGCUGGACUCACAGACACAGCGUUCCAGUAGGGACUCUCUACACUGUUCUAGUGGCUACAGUACCCAGAGUACCACCCCGUGCUGUUCAGAGGACACCAUACCUUCACAAGUGUCAGACUACGACUAUUUCUCCAUGGGAGGGGACCAGGAGGUUGACCAGCAGGAGUUUGACAAGUCAUCCACCAUCCCCCGUAACAGUGACAUCAGCCAGUCCUACCGUAGGAUGUUCCAGUCCAAGAGACCAGCCUCCACCGCCGGCCUACCUUCUACGGCUGGCUCCGUCAUCAUGACCCCUGGGGUCGCCACCAUCCGCCGCACGCCCUCCACCAAGCCCUCGGCCCGCCGCGGGACCACCGGCCCCAUCCCCAUCCGGACCCCCGUCAUCCCAGUCAAGAUCCCCACCGUGCCUGGCCUAGUUGGGGGAGGAUUUCCUGGGGGGCUGGGGAUUCCUGGAGGACCAGGAGUAGGGGUGGAGGAACCAGAGGAGGCCCAGAGCCCUGAGUCUCCAGCCCAGGGAGAGGAGGGGGAGCUGGGUGUACUUCCCCUGGCGUUCUGGAGUGGUCAAGCAACCACAAACCCUCCCUUGGCCCCUCACCAGCCUAGGGUCCAGUGUCAGGGCGAGGGGGGGUCCCUGGAUGGGGAGGUUAUGGAUGGUCAUGGGGGAAACAUGCUGCUGGUUAUCCAGAGAGGGGUCAAGCUGAAGAGGACCAAUACCAACGAUCGCUCAGCACCGCGCAUCGUAUAAGAGGAGAGCCACCGUGGCACCAUGCAGCAUCAGAGGAGGGCAUCCUACCUAGCUGUACCUAGCUAGCCUACCGCCUGCCCAUUGACAGGACAGACAGGACACAGCUCAUGUCCUCUGUGAUAAGGGGGGGGGUCUCCUGUAUACUACUUACCGUCCAGCUGCCUCACUGACAGACGGGACAGAACAGAACCCAGCUCAUGUCCAUUCCAUGUGAUGCUGUGUGUGGUGACAGACAGAGCUCUGCUCGUCGUCUCAGACGGUGCAGAAUGUGGUCUCUGGUUGGACAGACAGUGGAGCAGCUCAGAGUUGUAUUAAUUAUGUUCUCUCUUAGUUCUGAAUGUGUAAAUAAUUAUGCAUGGUAUUUUCUCUUUGUUGCUUCCUGGGGCCCAGUUCUGUUGACUAGUCCUCCCACCCCCAUUCCUCCCCUCCUCAGUUCUGUUGACUCUAGUCCUCCCACCCCCAUUCCUCCCCUCCUCAGUUCUGUUGACUCUAGUCCUCCCCUCCUCAGUUCUGUUGACUCUAGUCCUC